AUGUUAUCUUCAAGAGCUCUACUGCUCCUUGUUUUUUUUGGAUUAUUUAAGAACAUUUUUUGUGGCGUUAAUAAUGAAGUUUUACAAUUUUGUAAAAAACACAAUAUAACUAUUAGCGAACUUAAAGAUGAGGCAGAUGAGGCAGGGAUUGGAGUCGACACGCUAGUUGGUAUGAUGAAUGCAGAAUAUCCCUCUCCUAUUGAAGACUCUGUUCAAGAAAAUGGCAUUCCUAAGUUAGCCAAAAAUGGAAGUUCCGAUGGUGAUUCUCAAACAGGAGACGAAGACGUCUUAGGCUUUGUUCCAUCCAGUAGCAGUAUAUACUCGAGUGACGUUGGUAAAAAUGUAACAAUUGAGGAACCAUAUGCUAAAGUUGAUUCCGAGGCCAAAUUAUCAGCUUCUUUGGAUACGGAUACUUUAAAAUUAAGUGAAAAUACUUUAUUUUUGAAAAAGCCAAAUGAAGGAACGGCUGAGGAUAAUAAAUUAAAGGGCUCAAAAUCAAGUUCAUACUCAAGGGAAAAACCAAAAAAGAGCAAAAUAUACAGAGUAGUACUCGUCGAUAAGAACCGGAAUUUACCAAGAGGUAAGGCUCUCAGAAUUAAAAAUAACAAAGAAGAGAAAGAUAAGGUUGGGGCUAGAUAUUUCAUUGUUAAUAAUAAAGGAAAAAGAGAGGAAUAUAGGGUUGUUGGCCAUCGUAUUAAAUUUGUUGGAAAAGCCAAAGCUACUAACCCUCAAAGAUCAAAGGUUAUUGAAAGGCACAUUCAACCUAUAAUUAUUACAAGGCCGGAAAAUCCACCCUUUUAUGCUCCAAUGCAAAUGCCAAAUAUGCCUGUUCACCCUGGUUUUGUAGCUCCACCCCAAGCUCCUCAAAUCCCACUUCAAGCUCCUCAACAAGGCCCUCGAAUUAAAGAUAUGAAUGAUUUUGACGACAUGAAUAGAAACGAAAAUUAUAGGUACAGCGAUAAGAAUUCGUUUAUUGGCCCAAUGACCAUUUCAAUCAUUGUUAUAAUCCUUAUAAUUAUUUGUAUUAUUGGAGGGUUCUGUUUUUGCGGAGCUACUGGAAUAAAUAGGAAUCCUCAGAAUACACCACUUAUACCUCCUAAUCCACAGAACGUUCCUCAGCGACCACCAUAUAAUAGUAGAGCUCCAAUUAUUCCUCAGAAUCAACAAGUGCAGCCUCCUCAAGGAAGACAAGUAUUUGGAUACGCAGUUAUUCCCAAUAUUCGAUAG